GCCACCAGGCCUCCAGCAGCGGGAACGGCCCCAGCGGCGAAAAUCGACUCGCCUGGUCCAUCAGCACAGGCACCCUCCAUGGUACUGGAUCACAAGCAGAGAACGGCGGAGGCUUCUCAGCCGGCAAAGAUUGCAGAAUCGCCUGGUUCCUCAGCUGAGACAGCCUCCACAGAGCUGGACCACAAGCAAAGAGCUGCAGAGGAAAUUCGGCAGCUGCAGCAGUGGCUGCUUGGAGGUCACAUGUGGAAGACCGGAAGCCUGUUU